CUGAUUUCUCCACCACAGCGAUGCGGAGGAACCACCGCGGAGUUUAAGGUUCAGAAGACAUUGAAGCUCAGUCGACUCUAUUUAUUUGUACUUUAAGAGGAGCUCCUAGACCAGGUUUUCUUUUUGGAUCCUGGACCCGGUUCUCCUCCUGGAUCUAGACCCGGAUAUUAAGACUGGACACAAACACACGACUCAGUCUCGGCCGCCGUGCAGGAUCUAAUCGUGACGUUUGGAUCUUGUUGGGCGUCUUUGAACGGGUUCUGGUAGCGGAGCGGUCUGGGUUUGAGUAGCGGGCCGGUCUGGAUUCUGGUAGCGGACCGUUCUGGGUCCUUGAUGCCCGGAGGCCUGGAGGAGGGCUCGGACUCCGGGGAAGUGAGAGGAGGAGCUUGUCUCUGUCUGAUUGGACGCCGGCGAGCCGCCAGCCAUGAACCCCCUAAACCAGAUGAAGGCGGGACUGGGCAACAACCCACACAGUGAGGGCUCCUACACAUAUGACCCCUCCGGCUGGCAGCAGCCAACCAAUCAGCCCACAGGAUCCCUCUCCGUGGUAACCACCGUGUGGGGCGUGACCAAUCCUUCGGCCAGCCAGGGAAUGGGUGGAGGGGUAAUGGGGCCUGGGGCCAACCCGGGUGGGGGGCCCAUGAUGCAGGGCCCCGGGGGGCCGGGCAUGGCCGGAGGCCACGGGGGCUACAUGGGGCAGCAGGGCUACGGCGAGCCCAGCAAGGGCUACAUGAACCAGGGCAUGUACGGGCGCACGGGCGGGGGCUACGGAGGAGGGCCGGGGGGAUACUCCAGCAGUUACCCGUCCAACGCCGGCGGUUCCAGAGGUUCGGCCGACUUCUCUCAGGCCGCGGCCGCUGCUGCCGUCGCUGCUGCCGCCGCCACGGCCACGGCAACCGCCACGGCAACCGUUGCUGCCAUCCAGGAGAAGCAGAACCAGGACAUGAACUAUGGACAGAUGGGAGGGACGGCCUACAACAACCAGUUCAUGGCCCAUGCCGGCUCCCGUGGCCCCCCUGGCAUGGGACCCGGGCCGGGACCUGCCAGGGGCCCUUCCUCAAUGGGCCCAAUGUAUGGACCUGGGGGGGGGCCCCAGAGGCACCCACAGCACCCACAGCACCCACAGCACCAACAGCACCCACAGCACCAACAGCACCCACAACACCCAAACUACGGCCCCGGACCACAGCAGGGCCACUUGAGGCCCCCACAGGGCCUGAAACGGCCCUACAGCUCUGAGUCCUUCCCAGGGAUGCCUCAGCAGUACAGUGUUCAGGUCGGUCCCAGCGUGAGCGUGAUGUCGGGUCCCGGUGGUGCCGGCGGUUCAAUUCCAGGUUCGGGUGGCGGCGGUCACGGGGGUCAUGGCCCGUACUCCAGCCCCAACAUGCAGUACCACCCAGGUCCUGGCGGUCCAGGCCCCGCCCCCCAACGCUCUGGCUCCUCCCCCUCCUAUCAGACCCAUAAGAUGUCCCUCCCACAGUACCCCCCCUCAGGACCUCCCAACUCGCAGUACUACAAGCAGGAGCAGUUUAACGGUCAGGGUGGAGGUCUAAACGCUAUGACGACAGGAGGCACCGCUGGAGUCUACACCUCCUUUAACCAGCCGUCUGGGCCGGGUCGAGGGUUGCCAGGUUACCCCUCCUCUCCGGGUAACCCUACCCCCCCCAUCACCCCCAGCAGCUCCAUGGCUCCGCCCUACAUGUCGCCAGGCAACACUGACAUCAAGCCGCCGCCCUCUUCCUUCCUGCCGGACGUCAAACCCAACGUGGCCGGCCUGCCGCCGCCCCCCCCUUCAGGUAACCCGAGCGACGACCUGCGGCUGACCUUCCCUGUGCGUGACGGUGUGGUCCUAGAGCCCUUCAGAUUAGAGCACAACCUGGCGGUCAGUAACCACGUCUUCCAGCUGAGAGACUCUGUCUACAAGACACUCAUCAUGAGACCGGACCUGGAGCUCCAGUUUAAGUGUUACCACCACGAGGAUCGACAGAUGAACACCAACUGGCCGGCCUCGGUGCAGGUGAGUGUGAACGCGACCCCUCUGACCAUCGAGCGAGGCGACAACAAGACGUCCCACAAGCCCUUGUACCUGAAGCAGGUGUGCCAGCCGGGCAGGAACACCAUCCAGAUCACCGUCACCGCCUGCUGCUGCUCUCACUUGUUCGUGCUCCAGCUGGUCCACCGGCCGUCCGUCCGCUCGGUGCUUCAGGGUCUGAUGAAGAAGAGGCUGCUGCCGGCCGAGCACUGCGUCACCAAGAUCAAGAGGAACUUCAGCAGCGGUUCCAUCCCCGCGACGCCCGGGCUGAACGGAGAGGACGGCGUGGAGCAGACCGCCAUCCGGGUCUCACUGAAGUGUCCAAUCACGUUCCGCCGCAUCCAGCUGCCGGCCAGAGGUCACGACUGCAGACACAUACAGUGUUUUGAUCUGGAGUCGUACCUGCAGCUGAACUGUGAGAGAGGAACCUGGAGAUGUCCUGUUUGCAAUAAAACAGCCCUGUUAGAAGGUCUGGAGGUGGAUCAAUACAUGCUCGGGAUCCUCAUCUACGUUCAGAACUCCGAGUACGAGGAGAUCACCAUCGACCCGGUGUGCAGCUGGAAGCCGGUCCCAGUGAAGCCGGACCUGCAUGUGAAGGAGGACCCGGACGGCCCGGUGCUAAAGCGCUGCCGGACACUCAGCCCGAGUCACAUGGUGCUGCCCAGCGUCAUGGAGAUGAUCGCCUCACUAGGCCCCACCCCCUCGUCCCCCAUGCCCUACCCCCCCCUCCCUGCAGGGGGCAGCGGGGGGGGUAGCACAGUGGACUACCCGGGCCCAGCUCCGUCCUAUCCCAGUCAACAUGGGUUCCCAGACUUCUCUGGUCCUGGGACUCCUGGCAUUGGGGGGGACUUCUCCUCUCCCGGCCCCCCCCCCCUCUCCUAUCAGUCCGAGCUCUCCAGUGCCCUCCUCACCCCCGACAAGCCCCCCCCUCACCCGCUGGCCGGACAGAUGUCGGGCCGUUUGGACUCCACUUCCCAUGGUGCACCUCUCUCCCAGCAGCAUUCGCAGGGUCUCCACGGCAGCAUGAUGAUGCAGCGUAGCAACCAGAACCCCCGUCGCCAAGGCGACGGCUCCUUCGGUCUCGGGGCGACGGAACCUGAACCGUCUCUGGACUUGCUUCCGGAGUUGACCAACCCCGACGAGUUGCUGUCGUACCUCGGACCUCCGGACCUCCCGAACAACAACAACAACGACGACCUGCUGUCGCUGUUUGAGAACAACUGACACACACACACACACACACAGGCCAUUACUGUAAGAUAUGAACUUGUCUCCUCACAGCCUCACAGGACCUUUGGAGCAGAGGACUCUUGUUUUAUUGUUGUUUUUUACCCCUCUGAUACGCCUCGCCUCGCCCACAGGAAGUCCUCGUCAACGUUCAGCAGACCAAGAGGACGCUGGGAUCUGUAGUUUAGAGUGUGAGAGGUUUUUAAAUGUGAAGCUUUAAAGAUAAACAGGAAGUGUCCCGUUGACACUCAGCCGCUGACGUUAUUAUUGUUGGUGUUGUUGUUUUACUCUUCACACGUGAGAUUAUGUGUCAUAAUGUUGGAUAUCUUCACUGUUUUGAUGUGUCCAUCGAUCAUCCAAUCAGCUUGUUUCCCUCUCAUGAGUCUCUCUGCUGCAGAGAUGGGAGGACCUAUCAGAGACCACGUCCUCCUGUCUCUGACCAAUCAGAGACCACAGAUGUCUUUGUGAAGUUUAGUCCCUGUUCUUCUUCUGUGUGAAAAUGGUUCACAGAGAUCAGAUGAGUGUCUCCUACUUCUACUUCUAUUAUUUCUUUUUCUACUACUUUUUCUACUUCUUCUUUUACCUCUUCUUCUUCUUCUUCUACUACUUCUAGUUUUCUCUGGAGACAUUAAACCUAAAAUAAACUAUUUCUCUUUGAUCUUCUGCUUAAUAAUAAACAUAGUUUGAGUUGCAUAAAGAAGUCAGUGAGCCUCAGAACUGGUCUUAGUCACAUGUAAACAUCAGGUCUGGUCCCAGGAUCCUGAUCCGGUCUAAUAGAAACCUGGAUCCUGAUCAGGUCUCUUAUCAAUACGGUGGACGGUCCUGUUACGUGAUCAAUAAGCAGGUUUCUCUGGAUGAUCAAUAAUCUGUUGUCAACUGCGUUUAAACUGAAGUCUCCUCUCCUUGUCUCCUCUCCUUGCUUCCUUCCCUCCUUGAGUUUAUUAACAAACAUGUUUAUAUGAAUAGAAAUGAGGCGGCUGAGUGUAAAUGGGUCCAUUAAAUGACUUAAAUCUGUAUUUUAUCAGAUAAGAGACCCUCCCCCGACCCCCCCCCCCCCCUCUCGUGGUUCUGCUCCAGUGAGCCCAGUGGCUUCUGGGUGUAUAUCUGUACAUGAUCACACUGUUUGAUUCGGUUCCGAUGAUGAUGAUGAUGAUGAAAGCCUUUGUAAUUUAAUAAACACACUGGAAAGACA